UCAUCUAAUCCUUCCUCAGUUCACUUCCUGAUAGCCGAUCAUUAAGCACUUAGCUCACUUAGCCACUUAAGACAAUGAUUAUGCGACUCGAGCCUUAAUUCUAGCUCAUACCGCGUCGAGGACUAACGUCUAGCAGCAAUGUACUACACACUAGCGUGCUUAUGCGCCGUGUUUCUCUGCGCGUGGGCACUGGCGUGGCUGCGCACGCGCCGUGCCCGCGCGUGCUUCAUCGGCCUGCCCUGCUACCCGACGCUGCCGAUUGUGGGGAACGCGCUCAGGCUUGCCACAUCCACUGAAUCCAUCUACCGCAUGAUAUUGGAUUUAUCAGAGAAGAGUGACAAGGAACAAAAACCUUUUAUAUUCUGGUUCGGCCCAAUACCUACCGUAGUCAUAAGCGACCCGGACUCUGUGAAGCAAGUGACCAACGCGUUCAUAGAAAAGUCAUUCUUCUACAAAAUCGGUCGGAUUUGGAUCGGCGAGGGGCUUGUCACAGCGAGUGGACCAGUAUGGAAGAAGAACAUAAAGAAGCUAGCCGGCACAUUCGUGGGCCCCAUCGUGGAUGGCUACCAGGACGUGUUCAACGCGCAGGCGCGGAAGAUGGUGGACAAGUUGAAGGGCGAGGUGGGGAACGCGCCGUUCGACAUCAUGGAGAAAUACCUGACGUUUGCUACGCUGGAGUCUAUAUGCCAAACAGCGCUUGGCUUCCCAAGCUCAGACCAGCUAGUGACCCCGGAGUACUACCAAGCCUUCAGUAGAACAUUGGAGCUGCUGGUGAGGAGAGGCGUCAACCUACUUAUGCAUCCCGACUGGGUGUACCAGAUGACGCCUAUGUACAAGGAGUUGGUGAAAUGUAUCAAAAUACUGCACAAUGUUUCAAACACGGUAAUAAAGAAAAAGAGGACUGAAUUCAAUGCAAUGAAACAGAAUGUCAUUUCUAAAGAACAUCAGAUAGACGAAGGCCAAACUAAAUUCCGUUCAUUCCUCGACAUUAUCCUCGAACUGAGUGAAGCUGAUCCCUCCAUGACUGACGAUCAAAUCCGGGCAGAGGUAGACACGAUCAUUGUGGGGGGGCAGGAGACUACGGCCACCACCCUCAUGUACACCAUCCUGAUGAUUGGCAGGCAUCCUUGGGUGCAAGAGAAGAUGUAUGCUGAACUGCAGUCAAUAUUCGGAGACAGCAAACGGCCAAUAGAGAAGAAAGACUUGGCACUAAUGACAUACUGUGAGGCAGUCAUCUCUGAAUCUCUACGGCUCCAUCCGCCCUUGCCUAUGGUAGCGAGAGAGGCGACGCACGACAUACAGCUCAAGCAUUGCACCAUCCCAAAAGGCGCAUCAUGCAUAGUGAACGCAAUAGGAGCCGGGCGCUCCCGACAUAACUGGGGGCCUGACGCGUUGGAGUUCAAUCCUGAAAGAUGGCUAAAUGGUGCAGCAGCGCCGGCCGCGGCCUUCCUGCCGUUUAGCUACGGGAAGAGAUCAUGCAUAGGUAAAAGAUACGCCAUGGCCCUCCUAAAAACACUUAUAGCAUAUUCUCUAAGAGAGUUGGAAUUCGUGGCAGAAGCUGAAGAACUACGAUUCAAAGUCGACAUCGCUCUCAGGCCCGCGAGCGGCCAUUUUGUACAGGUGCAACUUAGGAAGUAACGCCACAGGCCCGCUAGCGACUAUUUUGUACAAGUGCGACUUAGGAGUAACGCCACAGGCCCGCUAGCGACUAUUUUGUACAAGUGCGACUUAGGAAGUAACGCCACAGACCCGCUAACGAUCAUUUUUUAUAAGUGCGACUUAGGAAGUAACGCCACAGGCCCGCUAGCGAAUAUUUUGUACAAGUGCGACUUAGGAAGUAACGCCACAGGCCCGCUAGCGACUAUUUUGUACAAGUGCGACUUAGGAGUAACGCCACAGGUCCGCUAGCGACUAUUUUGUACAAGUGCGACUUAAGAAGUAACGCCACAGGCCCGCUAGCUGUCAUUUUGUACAAGUGCAACUUAGGAAGUAACGCCAUGAUGCCCGGGAUUUUUUUACUGCCGACUCAAUAAGA